AUGAAAGAAGAGACGUCAAAAUCCGCCACGCAUCAGGUAAGCAUUUUUGACUAUAAUAAUAACACUUUCAGUGUGAAGGAGACAAUUAACCACGGUGAGGGGAAGCCAUUGGGGCGUUACAAGGUCAACCUAAUGGAAGGAUGGUGUGACUGCGGAAAGUUUCAAGCAUACCGUGUUCCUUGUUCACAUGUUAUCGCUGCAUGUUCCGUGGUGCGCCAAGACGCAUUUCUUUUAUUGUCUGACGUUUACAAGGUGGCGAACUUAUUUGGGGUUUACAGCACGGGCUUUCCAGUUCUACCAUACGAUGAGUAUUGGCCCACUUACGAGGGAGAUCAAAUUUUCCAUAAUCCAGUUAUACGGAGGAACAAGAAAGGUCGUCCCGUGAGCACCCGUAUUACAACAGAAAUGGACGCAUAUGAUAAGUUGGAGAGAAAAUGCACAUUGUGUCGUCUUCCAGGUCACAACCGAACGCGAUGCCCCAAUGUAGGAACUAGUAAUAAUUAG